AUGUCGCACCUCUCCAAAACCUCAUUCUCAAUGUUGAUGAGUUUCGUCGUCUUCCACAAACUUGAUUCCUUAGCCAAUUUUAUCGACGAGCGACCCUCACCCUUGACGUCCUCAUCCUCAGCUUCCUCCUUGCUUGGAGGUGCGAAUCUAUCAAUAAACACUGCAGUUGAACCACUUGAAGCUCCCAGCUAUGCAAUUGCAUGUGUUAAUGGAUUAUCAUCGGCUGGAUUGUUUGAGGACGCGGCAGUCAUUGCCCAAGGAUAUUUACAUGAGAAUCCAAACCAUGCACUACUUCUGAAGCACUUGGCUAAAGGAUUGUUUGAAAGAGAACAUUAUAGUGAAGCCAGCCAAAUAUAUCAACGUUUAGAAGCAAUGUCGGGUUUGGCAAGCGACGUAGAAAAAAAGCUUUGCACCAUCGAAGCACUUCUAAACGAUCAUCGACCUGGAGCAGCGCUAGAUAUAUUCCUCAGAAAUCAAUCACUAGAGGAAUGUGCUAAAGGUCUUUACUUUCAAAGCCGUGCCUUGCGCAAAUUAAAGCAACCUGCAGCAGCAAAAGUUGCCGUUGAUCGAAUGGUAGGAAUUGCCGGAGAAAAAAUUAUUGACGAUUUUUGGAUUGAGUAUGGAUUGGUCUUAUAUGAUUUGCACAUUGAACCAUACAUUGACGGCACCUUCGAAAUUCCACAUGCCGAAAUUUAUCAUCGACGUGCAGAGCUAUGGAAAGGUACUAAAACAUCACUCUACGAGAAUUAUUUAUUCAAGUAUGCGGAAAUCAUCAAGUCCCCUGGAGAAUUUAUUUCAGUAGCAAAAGUUUUAAGGUCCAAUCAAAAGACUGAUGGAAUCAAUACUAUUUCAUACAAAGAACGUGCAGAAAGAGCCGAUCGAUUAUACUACGAAGCGUUACACUCUCCAAAAUACUCACCUACUCAUGCUCCUCAAAAAACAGCUCAAGUAUAUGGAUGGCGUGUAGACAACCUUGCAUAUGGCGAUAUCGAUCCUGCACGACAAGAACGAUUCCUCCGGCAAAAGAUGGAACUUGACGGGAAUUCUGACCGUCUAUUAAACUUUAUAGGUAAAGCAGGAGGUCGUGACUAUGAGAUAUUACAAUUACUCGAAAUAGCAGAACGUAGAUUUGGUGGGAAAUAUAUUGCACUGGCUAAGGAUCAGAGAAAAUAUGUCAAAAAUCUAGAGAAGAUUCGAAAAGCAAAUGCGAAGAAGAUAUCUGAUGAUACUCAUAAACAUGAUCCGGUUCAGAGAAGUAUUAAACAAACGAGGGUAGCAGCGGGUUGGCACGCUUGGAAGGCACAAAAGUGA